UACAGUUGGCACAGGGGAACACUCCUUAUAUCUCAAUGUAAAUGACAUUCACUGUGCUUCUUACAUAGUUACUCCAGUUGUAAGCUUUCAACAACCAGUAACUCACAAAUCAACCUCCAGCCCCUAUAAAUAUCCUUGCUUCUGGAAACUCAAGUUAGUGUCUCUCAGUAUCUCCCUCUCCCUCUCCCUCUCCCUCUCCCUCUCUCUCUCUCUCUAUUGCUCCCUCUCUCUAUAUAUAGUGCAUAAGUUUGGUUGUAUUUGUGCAUGGAUACAGAACUGCAUGCAGAAAGAGGAUUUAUACACAGUUAAGCUAUCUCUGUAACGCUCCAAAACAAGAAAACAAGAGGAAAGAGGCAGAAGCAAAAUAAAGAAGAUGGAAACAGAACAGACCAAAAAGCACCCGGCAUUACCAGAGGUCAUGGAGGAAUUGAAGAAAAUAAUGGAUAGAGGCUUUCCUAUACUUGCUAUGGGCUUGGCGACUUAUUUGAAAAACAUGAUUUUAGUUGUGUGCAUGGGAAGGCUCGGAAGCUUAGAGCUGGCAGGUGGUGCACUGGCCAUUGGCUUCACCAAUAUUACUGGUUACUCCGUAUUGUCUGGCCUAGCCUUGGGGAUGGAACCACUUUGUAGCCAGGCUUUUGGAUCAAGAAACUUAACCAUAGUGUCUCUUGCCCUCCAAAGGACAAUCUUUAUGUUAUUCACUGCAUCUAUACCUAUUGCCUUCUUAUGGUUUAAUUUUGAGCCUCUCAUGCUAAAGCUACGCCAAGACACACAAAUAAUACACGUAGCAAGUGUAUUUUGCAGAUUUGCUGUCCCAGAUCUUAUUGCUAACAGCCUUCUUCACCCUUUACGCAUCUACUUACGGUGUAAAGGGACAACAUGGCCUCUAUUGUGGUGUACUUCACUUGCAACACUAUUGCAUUUCCCUAUCACAGUUUACCUGACCUUUACUAGAGGCCUUGGGAUCCAAGGAAUUGCAAUUUCAACCUUUGCCUCCAACUUUAUCACCUUAUUCUUCAUUUUAGGCUAUAUAUCCUUUACUUGUCUUGAUCAAAAGAAGAUAUUCUUUACUUACGACCAAAACAAAUCUCUGUCCAAACCCCUAGCAGAAAAUCUAAAGCCUCUUCCUUCCAUUUCUGUGGGAGAGCAAUGGAUGAUGCUUCUUCAACUUGCUAUACCUAGUUGUUUAGCAGUUUGCUUAGAGUGGUGGUGGUAUGAGUUCAUGACAGUUCUAGCCGGAUACCUUGACAGACCUGAAGUUCCACUUGCCGCAUCUUCUAUUGUAAUACAAACCACAUCUCUCAUGUACACAUUGCCUUCAGCCCUAAGUGCUUCAGUCUCAAGCAGGGUAGGAAACGAACUUGGAGCAGGACGGCCAGCUAAGGCCCGCUUGGCAACAGGGAUAGCCAUAGGACUAGCUUUUUUGACUUCAUCAUUUGGAUUCUUACUGACCACCUUAGGCCGAGAAGCAUGGGGAAAAGUUUUUACAAAAGAUAGAGAAGUGCUGGAGCUAACAGGGACCGUUCUACCCAUUAUUGGACUUUGUGAACUAGCUAAUUGUCCACAAACUACAUGUUGCGGGGUGCUUCGGGGAAGUGCUAGGCCUGGUGUUGGUGCAGGUAUUAACUUUUACUCGUUCUAUCUGAUGGGAACACCUGUGGCCAUUAUUUUGGCCUUUGUUUGGAAGCUAGGAUUUUUGGGUCUUUGUUAUGGGCUUCUAGCGGCUCAAGUGGCAUGUGUAAUCUCAAUGUUAAUAGUUACUUACGGUACUGACUGGGAAGGAGCAUCCUUGAAGGCAAAAGAACUAGUGGGAACAAGUAAUGAACUUCCAUACGAAGAUCAACUGGUAAAAUUUGAGGAGGGCAAUGGAUUUCUCAAAGGAUUUAGCUUUUAAAGAGGGAAGAAACCUAAGGACGCAAUGAAUGCAAAGGAAAAGGAACGAGAUGGCACAAAAAGGAAGAAAACAAAAUUGUUACAUUCUCUCAGUAUUUCGAGUCAUAGAAUAUGCAACAUGUGUCAAUUGUUCUUCCUGGUGUCUAUUGGACUGUGUCGUUAAAGAAACUAUCUUCAUUAGUCUAACAAUGUUGUUGAUGGAUUAUAGAAGUACAGGCCAGCAGAAGUAUGUUAUAUAGCUUAAAUGUGUAAAUAUAAGAGGCUUUUGAUUUGCACUUUCUAGAUAUCAAUAUAUUUUAUCUUAGUAGCUAUGACA